GGGCAGAUACCCAGUAAUAGCAUAUAGCCUUGUAAUAGUUGCAAUCUUGUCAUUGUCAUAAAACUCAAAACGUUCUGUUGCUCUUUUCUGGACUCUUUUGUCUUUCUGAUAGCCAGCAGUUGUGUCCGACCAAGAUUGAGGCGCUGAUCAUUUAUUCACUGGCAUGGCAUUAAAGGCUGAAGCUGAGUUUAUUUAUGAAGAUUUUAUUCUACAUACAGCGCCAGAAAAGUUUUACGUAGAACCACUUCAAGCUCCAAAUGAAGUACUUGUCAUCGACAGAGCUUCUAAAGACAUCACCCUCCAAAGGGGCGCGGCGGUGCCGGCGAUCGCCAGCCGGCAGCGGGUCUGCGCCCUGCUGGGCACCGUGCGCCUCCUCUCCGGCCACUACCUGGUCAUCAUCACGCGCAAAGUGCGCGUCGGAGAGAUCAACCGCUGCACCGUCUGGCGGGUCGAGCACACGGAAAUCAUCCCGUUCUCGCGGACCGCGGCCCAGCUCACCGAGGAGCAGGUGCGACUGAACAGCCAGUACGUCGGCAUGCUGGAGAACGUGCUGCGCCAGCCGCACUUUUACUUCUCCCACACGUACGACCUGACGCAGACUGUGCAGCGGCUGCACAACACGACGCCCGAGUUUCUGCAGAUUCCGCUGCACGAGCGGGCCGACCAGCGGUUCGUGUGGAACGCUCACCUGCUGCGCGACCUGUCGGCGCGCCCCGGCCUCGGCCGCUUCUGCCUGCCGCUCGUGCACGGGUUCGUCUCGAUCAAGCAGUGCAGUCUGAACGGGUGUCCGUUCACCUGGUCUCUGAUCUCGCGGCGGAACUGCUACCGCGCCGGCACCAGGCUGUUUAUGCGCGGCAUUGACGCUUCCGGUCACGUGGCCAACAUGGUGGAGACGGAGCAGAUCGUCGAGUACCAGGGCGACCGCAUGUCGUUUGUCCAGACGCGGGGCUCGAUCCCGCUCUUCUGGUCGCAGUACCCGAACCUGCGCUACAAGCCGACGCCGGCCCUCUCGCAGCGCGACAACCACCAGGAGGCGUGCGCCAAACACUUUGACGCCCAGCUCUUCCACUACGGCAGACAGGUGGUCAUCAACCUGAUCGACCAGAAGGGCGUGGAGAAGCGGCUGGGCGACACGCUGUCCGAACUGGUGCGGCAGCUGGCCACCCCCAGCGUCCGAUACGAGGCGUUCGACUUCCACCACGAGUGCCGAAAGAUGCGCUGGGACCGACUCUCCAUCCUGAUGGACCGCAUCGCUGAGGAGCAGCAGGAGAUGGGCUACUUCCUGCUGACCCGGGACGGCGUGCUGGCGCGCGUGCAGGACGGCGUGUUCCGCACCAACUGCAUCGACUGCCUGGACAGAACCAACGUGGUGCAGAGCAUGAUCGCGCACCGGCAGCUUCAGCACGGCCUCCAGCGGCUGGCGAUUCUGCGCGAAGACCAGCGGUUAGAGGACCACUCGGGUUUCGAGUUUCUCUACAAGAACGUGUGGGCCGACAACGCCGACCUGGUGUCUAUCCAGUACUCGGGCACGCCGGCGCUCAAGACUGACUUUACGCGCACCGGUCAGCGCACCAAGCUGGGCCUGGUGCGCGACGGCUACAACUCGCUCUGUCGAUACGUCAAAAACAACUUCAUGGACGGCCUGCGCCAGGACUCGAUCGACCUGUUCCUGGGCAACUACCAGGUGGACGAGGAGGAGGGGCGCACGCGCCGCUCGCCACUGGCCGCCGGCGCCGACUACCGACUGGCCGUCCUGCUCACCAUCCUGCUCGGCAGCGUCUUCAUGUUCCUCACCACGGUGCUGGUGCCGGCCGCCUACACGGCCGAGACGCUGCUCUACAUGCUGUUCUGGGGGCUGAUGGCGUACGGCACCUCGGCCGUGAUUCUGGUGUACGGCGCCGAGUUCGUGCAGAACCCUCGGCUCUGCCCGCGCCGGCCGCGCGCCAAGACCGCCUAGACACCGGACCGGCCGGCCGGACCGGCCGCCUAGACACCGCCUAGACACCGCCUAGACACCGGCCGACCGGCCGGACGGCACAUCCGUAGCUCAUCUCCGCGACUCGGGCGCGCGCAGACCGGACUCCCGCGGGCAGACUGGCCGGCCUGUCCGCCAAUCGACCGUCGGCCGGCCGACCAGGGGGUAGCAUUGGCACUGCUCUGAAUCGCCAGGGGGGUCUGCAGUUAGAAUUGUUGGAAUUACUAUGAUGAUGCGCGGUUUGAAGCACUGUUGGACCUUGGUCACGGUGAAACGUGCCAGACUAUGAUGUUUCCAGUGUCGCUAGGAUUUCUUGUCGGAUAUUUCCGUUCAAGGCUUGUUCCCGGCAGUCUGUUGGCGUUCUGUUGGGGGCUGCAGACGACUGCCGGCUGCAGACCAGUGAUGCCCAGUCGCUGUGUCGGCGGCGGCACACAUGACCAUAUGCGGGUGCACGCCGGCAAUGCACACGCGGCGGUGAACGGGAAAAAGCCGUGUCGCCGCUGCUUCACUGACCGUCGGUCUCGGCGCCGACGCCGCGGACCACGACAAUCGCCGGCGCUGGGGGCGCGCCGUCGGCGGCAGCUCUCGGCUCGGGGCCCCCCAUCCGAGACUGGCCCGCGCCCCGGGCUGCGGCGGCGGGGUCGCCGUGCCGACCGACCGCAUAGUUUCUUUCCGUCAACAGGUUUCGCAGUUUAGGUGCCUUGUAUGUCGCGUGCGUGUUUAAGGGUGGCCAACUUGGACCGGCCAGGGUAGCGCGUGACCGGUCAGGGUGCGACAGGGGACGGGGGUGUGACAGGGGAACGGUCCAGAGAAUCACUCCUGCCAACCGCCCAGCACACUGUGCAUUGUGCAAUGUAUGGGGGACUGGACGUGUGUUGUCGGGAAUUUACCCCUUUGAUUAUGUGAUCUUGCAUUCGGUUUACCACGAGCACUGUUAUAUCUGUUUGUAGGUGCCUAUGCGCCCUCAGAGUACCUAUAAUAUAUAUCAAUUUUAUUGUG